GGGGGGGGGGGGUUAGUGUAUCUGAAUCAGCUGUGUCAGAAAUUUCUAAAUCCAAAUUUUUAGAGUUUUUGAUUAACUUAAUAAAGAGUUAGACCGACCAAAUAUUGUAAGAUCGCUUGGGUAUAAUGCGAAAGAAUAAAAAAUUCUUUCUAAAAGUAAGCCCUCUACUUCACGAGGCACAUUGACUGAAUUUUUCAUGCGAUAUACUUGAAAAUAGAGCAUGAAAAAUUGGACAAAAUUAGCUAUUUAGACAUUAUACUGAAGGUCCCUGUUUGGUCUUUAUUGGCCAAACACCGUGUGGAACUAUCCUUUUUUUUGCUGAUAACAAAGAACUGAGUCUAACAGUAGUAUAUCGGCUGUUGUACCUGUUGUGUAACUUUUUUUUGUCUACCAAUUGCUGGAAAAAAUGGUCUUUACGCUAAAAGUGGCCAACACUAUCGAAUACUGGACUCGAAUGAACAGAUCCAAGACUAAGAUGAUAAUCCGACACGUCGACUUAAUCAAAAGUUUUUAUUCGUCAAGAAUUUGGGCAUCAUCCUUCAUAGAAUGGCACACAUGAUUUUUCCAGGCAUGCAAAAAGUUUUCAAUCUCUGUAUGAUUUUAGAUUCUCCUCUUGGAGAAGGUAUGUUAAUGUCGACAAAAAUUUCUUCAAAAUAACCGCACAAUGAGCAUUUAGUCUAUUAGGCCUUGAGAUGUUGAUCACAACUAUGUGAUCAGAGGCGGAAAUCUUACGUAAGUUUGCAAGAUAAGGUAGAACCCACGAUUGAUCACUCUUAGAGUCUCGAAAGUAUUUAGACUAAAGGCUCACCUGAGACGAGUUUCAUAGGCAAUGAAAUCAGUCAGGAUGGCGUAGACUUCAUUGGAGGGUGUGGGUGUGGGUGGGUGUGGAUGUGGGUGAGUGUGGAUGUGGGUGGGUGUGGAUGGGUGUGGGUGUGGGUGGGUGGGUGUGACUGGGUGUGGGCGUGGGUGGGUGUGGCUGGGUGUGGCUGAGUGUGGGCGUGGGUGGGUGUGGAUGUGAGUGGGUGUGGGUGGGUGUGGGUGUAGUGUGUGGAUGUGGGUGUAGAUCAAGUAAUAUACCCACACCCACACCCACACCCACACCCCACACCCACACCCACACCCACACCCCACACCCACACCCACACCCACACCCACACUCACACCCACACCCACACCCACACCCACACCCACACACCCCACACCCACACCCAUACCCACACCCAAAUUUUACAUACGGUAAAAAGGGUUUAUUAUACGUUGCACUUUCAUCAACCCUUUUUGGGUUUAUUAUUCUACGAAUUUUUUUUACAGUGCAGGUUGUCUGAUAGUUUGUUUAUCAAGAAAAAAAUGCAUCUUUAUUAGAACAAAAUAUUAUACCUAUAUUUUUAUUGAAAAUUUUUUGAAGUGAAAAAACCGUCAGAGACCGUCAGUUAACCGUGGUUUACCGGCGGUAUCUAUAAAAAAGUGACGGCAUGGGUCAUGUUCAUAUUUAUAUUACAUUAAAUUGAAAGCCAACGCCAUCUCUUGCUUUUUUUUCUCCAUAAAGAAGGUUGAAUGUUUCAUGGAAUGGCGGUUUAGUGAAUGUAUCUUAUCUCCACCCUUUAUAUCGACAUAAUUUAUUUUUUGUUUGUAUUUUACUCGAGCAGUGGACAAUAGUACGAAGUCGUUGGGGAAAUUGUUCUCGUUUAUGGAGAAAUGCUUCACCCCACAUAAAUUCAUGCAUAACAAGGAGAAAUGGAAAGAAAGAAAAAAAAUAUAUAUAUAUACAUAUAAUCUAUUAUAUGAUAUUGUGCAUAUACUUGAAUUUAAAGGGAAAUGGUUUUUCUUUCAGAGGGAAAUGGUUUUUCUUUUAGAGAGAAAUGGUUCAACAAGGAGAAAUGGAAAGAAAGAAAAAAAAAUAUAUAUAUAUACAUAUAAUCUAUUAUAUGAUACUGUGCAUAUACUGGAAUUUAAAGGGAAAUAGCGUCUGUAGAUUAACAAAUAUUUCUGAGAUAAUCAUCAUUAAUUGCAACGGCAUAAUAAGUUUGGAUUUUGCUUUAAUCGAACUUUUUAUACACAGCUACCUGUUUUAAAAUAUUUUGAUGGUUUUUUAUUUUGUAUUUUGUAGAUUGAACCAGUAUGAAUCCAAUGGAACGGUUUCGAUCGAAUCUGAAAGUAGCAUGUAUGCUGAAAAUUGAACCCGAAACGUGGUUUUCUCCACAUUUAGCAGCCUAUAUUAGGCAUGUCGCAUCAUAUUAUCAAGUAGAUGCACAUGCUAUGGUAUUAGCCAUUAUAAAUGGUAUAACCAGUACGUGCCGUUCAACUUAUGUUAAUCGAACAUCCCAUUUUAUGGUGCCAUGUAAUUUAUAUAAUAUUUUGGUGGCACGUUCAGAUUAAUAUUGAUGUUUUACAUUUUCUUUUUAAAUAUUGACAACAUAGCUUUUAGUCAUACUUGUUUUUUUGUUUUUUUUAUAGGGUAUAGUAAGUCCAACAUUCUUGACUUGGCACAAUUAAUUGGAGAAACAGCUGCUGUUUAUUUUCAGCAAUCAGAAGAAAAUAAAGAAGAUGAAAUUCGUGAAGAAAAUUCUUCUGAAAUAUCAGGUUCAUCUGUUGUAUCAACAGCAACAACAAAAAAUGUUUUAAGAAAAAGUAUUAAAGUGGUUUUCAACGAUGGUACACCAGCAGGAAUUUUAAACAACUUAAAGCAAUGUGCAGGAACAAUGCACUUACAUGAAGCUGAUGUAACAUUAAAAAGUUUUGGUUUAUUGCUACCAUCACCAUUUGAUAUUACACCAUCAAAAGUAGAUUCAUUUCGUUCAACAUUAAUGACGCUACAUGAAAAACCAAGUCAUUUUUGUCGUAUUUUAAAAAACGAAGAAAUAGAUAUUUCUGGUUCCAAAUUGAAUAUUUUUGGAGCGUCUACCGGUGAUUUAGUUGCUGCUGAAUUAGUUAGACAAACAGCAUCAUUAUCAGCUGAUGCUCUUUUUGAACGUUUUCUCUUAUGGCCUUUAGACGGUGAACGAAUUCCGAACGAAAAAUGUAUUACGUCAAUUGAUUAUUCUCAAUUUUGUUCAUUAGAACAAUUUUCAGUUUUGUGUGGGUUUUUUGCCGAUCUUAUUCUGGAAUUAGAACCAGAUGGAAAACAGAUUUUAGCUGAUCAAGCAUACGAAUUUCGUAUAACAGAACGUUCACGAGAUAGACUUAUUAAUAAGGAUUUUGAAUAUCCAUUAUUUUGUAUCUUUCGUAUAUCAACAACUGAUCCAAAAACAGAUGAUGAAAUACUAGUUUAUGAACGUAAAAUAUUAAUCCAAGUCAAUGCUUUAGAACAUGGUCUUCAACUUAGGGGUGAACAAUUCACGUCACCUAAACACAAUCAUCCUCAAAAUUAA